GUCACUGUCAAAAUCUUAGAAAUAUGCCCCCAGAAACAUGCUAGGUUAUAUUUAUUCUGCUUAUUUAUAGAUUUCAUAAAAAUGUCUAUUUAUUUCAGUGGAGGAUUUAAAAGAUCUGCUGGGGUUAUUAGUGCUAUUAGUAAGCAAUUGAAAUUGAUUAAUUUGAAACCUGUUAAAAAAAUCCAGGUUCAAUUCGAUCCUUUUCAUGAAAAUGCUGCAACUGCAAGAGAUUUUAUCUUCCACAUCACAACUCCAAAAGUAAGUGAAACAAAUUUAAGUUGUGCUGUCAAAACUAUUGUUGUAUGUGACCGAAGUGAACCAGAAAUCAAAAUAGAUUUAGGUGAUGCAGGAUCAGUGAAGUUUUUAGCCAACAAUUUGACAGUUUUAGAAAUACUACAGCAAUUCAACAAGCACAUCAGUUCAAAAGUGAAGCCAGAACCAGUUUUAUCAGUUUCAUCUAAGCUAGAAACCAAAAGAAAAGGUAGAAAGUGAUAUGGGUAAAAAGAAGGAUUUCCACCUUAAACUUAUUGAACAUGUUUAUGAUAAUAUUCCAGCUUUUACAGACAUAUUUACUGAAGAUACAUUUUAUAUAUUUGCAGUAACAGUUGUAAUCAGUACUAUUAUCGUAGUGUUCAUUGUUUCUAGAUUUGUUACUUUGAAAGAAGUUGAUAUAUAAUUUUUAUUAUUUAGAUUUUGUUUGAAUGAAAGGUGUAUGAAAUAAAUAAAUGUUUAAUAUUGA